UCAAGUCGGGGAAAGAUAACACUUCACUCGUCGGGUUAUCUGUUUAUAAUCCCAGCUCAGCGAUAUCGUAAUAAUAUCCAUAUGACAAAUAGAAAAAAACUCAGAAAUCGAUAAAUUGAAACUAACGCGACUGACUAUAAGAUGCUCAUAGUUUCGGUAAUAAGUUUUCUGAUUUGGGCACAGUUCGAUUUCUGUCGUGCCACUUUCGGGAAAAUCGAACCUGGUGCACUGUGUCAAAUAGUUGCGCCGCUUAGUCCUGGAUUUGGGUCAACUGAGGAACAACUGGUUUCAGCUGUGGAAGAAUUUGGAUUAACACCACUGAUUAAUUCUUACAUGUAUAAUGUGUCUGGUCCCGAUUCCCAGUAUCCGUGGUACUCUAAUUCAGACAAAUUUCGUGCUGAGGACUUGCUUUCAGCCAUUCUAAAUCCCAAUGUGAAGGUAAUCUGGUUGGUCAAUGGUGGAUCCGGGGCGUAUAGAACAUUGGAUCAUCUCUCUGCUAUGUUACCUCCACCUCCACUGCGGAUUGCUCCCAAACCAAUAAUCGGAUUCAGUGCUGCAACUCCGAUUUUCACAUUCUUGCAGCAAAAAUAUAAUUGGACGGGAAUAGUUCAUGGUGCUUUAUUAGAUCUGAUCGUCUGGGGUUAUUAUGAAAAUUCCACCGAGAUUACAAUUGAACCGUUAAAAGAUCUUCUGUUUGGUAACGCUAAUAAUCAAAUUAUUCUUCCUGUGCUAAGGCGAAUCGACAGUGGUGCUCAUUUCGAUGUUCCAUUGGUAGCGAAUGUUACAGGUGGUAGCAUAAGACAAACAGUUCUCAGCAUGGGUACAUCAUAUAAGCUCAAUGCAACCAACAGAAUCUUAUUUCUUGAGAUCUCUGAAGGAACAGCUGAUUCUGUGAAUGAUUUUAUGGACGCUCUAUUGUUUUCCGGUACAUUUGAUGGGGUAAAAGCUAUCUUAUUCGGAGAUUUCAUGGCAGAUCGUAACGACCCUCCGACAUUUGUUGAAUGGAUUUUAAAUCGUCUGGCUACAGAAGGAAGAGUAAAAUCACCGAUAUUCAGAGUUAAUGGAUUGGGUCAUGAUACGACUAAUCAUCCAAUACCUUUCAAUACACCAGUUGCAAUUACACACGAGUCAGAUUCGAUGUAUUCGCUCACUGUUAAAUUUUAACGAUGAACAAAUGAACAUUGGCCUUGAAAA